CGCCUGCCACCACUCCAAUUUCCCCGCACUCCGGAAUCCCACCCCACCACCCCACGAGAUCUCCCCUCUCCCCCCGCCCCCGACCGGCCUCGAGAUCCCAGCGGCCAUGUCGUCGUCGUCGUCGGCCAUGGAGGCCAUGGACGAGCUCGUCCAGCUCGCCGAGUCCAUGCGCCAGGCCGCAUCCCUCCUGGCCGACGACGACCCCUCCGACGAGGCCAGCCCGCGCCGCCCCUCCACCUUCCUCAACGCCGUCGCGCUCGGCAACGUCGGUGCCGGCAAGUCGGCCGUGCUCAACAGCCUCAUCGGCCACCCCGUGCUGCCAACGGGUGAGAAUGGGGCGACGCGGGCGCCGAUAGUGGUCGACCUGCAGAGGGAUCCGGGGCUAAGCAGCAAAUCCAUUGUCCUGCAGAUCGACAGCAAGUCGCAGCAGGUGUCGGCAAGUGCUCUCCGCCAUUCUCUGCAGGACAGGCUUAGCAAGGGGGCAUCCAGUGGAUCAGGGAGAAGCCGAACCGAUGAGAUUUACCUCAAGCUGCGGACAAGUACAGCUCCUCCAUUAAAACUGAUUGAUUUGCCUGGCAUAGACCAACGAGUUAUGGAUGAUUCAACUAUCAGUGAAUAUGCUGGACAUAAUGAUGCAAUAUUGAUUGUUGUGAUACCAGCAAUGCAAGCUGCUGAUGUUGCAUCAUCUCGAGCUCUUAGACUAGCAAAGGAUAUUGAUCCAGAUGGAACCAGAACAAUAGGUGUUUUAAGUAAAAUUGAUCAAGCAGCUGCAGAUGCAAAAACUGUAUCAUGUGUUCAGGCUAUCUUAUCUAAUAAGGGUGCACCACGAGCAGCCGCUGAAAUUGAGUGGGUUGCUCUAAUAGGACAAUCUGUCUCAAUUGCAUCGGCCCAAUCUGGAUCAGUUGGUUCUGAGAAUUCACUGGAAACAGCCUGGCAGGCUGAAGCGGAAACACUCAAAUCCAUCCUAACUGGAGCUCCUCGGAGUAGACUAGGGAGAAUUGCUCUCGUGGAUACCAUUGCUAAGCAGAUACGUAAAAGGAUGAAAAUUCGGUUACCUAACCUAUUGUCUGGGCUUCAGGGGAAGUCCCAAAUAGUGCAAGAUGAACUUGCAAGGCUGGGAGAACAGAUGGUAUCAAGCGCUGAAGGAACCAGGGCUGUUGCUUUGGAGCUUUGCCGAGAAUUUGAAGACAAAUUUCUUUCUCAUGUUACUUCUGGUGAGGGAUCUGGUUGGAAAAUUGUUGCAAGUUUUGAGGGGAAGUUUCCAGAUAGGAUCAAACAGCUUCCCUUGGACAGGCAUUUUGAUAUGAACAAUGUCAAAAGGAUUGUCUUGGAAGCCGAUGGUUAUCAACCAUAUUUGAUAUCUCCAGAGAAAGGUUUAAAAUCCUUAAUAAGAGGAGUACUUGAAAUGGCAAAGGAGCCAUCGCGACUGUGUGUUGAAGAGGUACAUCGUGUAUUAUUGGACAUAGUAAAUGCUUCUGCAAAUGCUACGCCAGGACUUGGAAGAUAUCCUCCAUUCAAACGUGAGGUCAUUGAAAUUGCAACCAAUGCAUUGGACGUCUUCAAAAGUGAUGCAAAAAAGAUGGUAGUUGCACUUGUUGAUAUGGAGCGUGCCUUUGUCCCACCGCAACACUUCAUCCGUUUAGUACAAAGAAGGAUGGAAAGGCAACGCCGUGAGGAUGAGGUGAAAAACAGGUCAUCUAAGAAAGGCCAAGAUGCGGAACACACCAACAAGGGCUCAGGCCCCCAAACAGGAUCUGAGCAAGCUGGUGGUACCUUCAAAUCGUUGAAAGAAAAAUUUACUCAGCAAGAUAAAGAUACAAAAGAGGGACCAAAUUUGCAGGUCGCUGGGCCUGGUGGUGAAAUAACUGCAGGUUACCUUUUGAAGAAGAGUGCAAAAAAUAAUGAUUGGAGCAAAAGGUGGUUUGUCCUAAAUGAGAAGAGUGGAAAGCUUGGGUACACCAAGAAACAAGAGGAGAGACAUUUUCGAGGUGUUAUUGUUCUGGAGGAAUGUAAUCUGGAAGAGAUAGAGGAGGAAGAGCUUUCCAAGAGUUUGAAGGAUUCAAAGAAGGCUAAUGGGGCAGAGAAAGGCCCAAGCCUUGUAUUUAAGAUUACUAACAGAGUUGCAUACAAAACUGUGCUAAAAUCUCAUAGUGCUGUUAUACUGAAGGCCGAGACUAUGGCUGAUAAGGUUGAAUGGAUGAAGAAGAUAAGAGGUGUCAUUCAAAGCAAAGGGGGUUCUGUGAAGGGUUCAAAUGCUCCUGAGGGUGGUUCCAUGAGGCAAAGCCAUUCUGAUGGGUCCCUUGAUACGAUGGUCCGGAAGCCUGCUGAUCCUGAAGAAGAACUCCGGUGGAUGUCUCAAGAAGUUCGUGGUUAUGUAGAAGCUGUUUUGAACAGUUUGGCAGCAAAUGUUCCAAAGGCAAUCGUACUUUGCCAAGUGGAGAAAGCAAAGGAAGAUAUGCUAAAUCAGCUCUACAGCUCAAUAAGUGCUCAAAGCAAUGCAAAGAUUGAAGAGCUUCUCCAAGAGGACCACAAUGCUAAACGUAGACGGGAAAAAUACCAAAAGCAAUCAUCUCUAUUGUCAAAGCUUACUCGUCAGCUUAGUGUCCAUGACAAUAGAGCUUCUGUUGCAUCAUAUACCAAUGAUACUUCUGGAGCUGAGAGUAGUCCACGAACCCCUGGCCAGUCAGGUGAGGACUGGAGGUCUGCCUUCGAUUCUACAGCAAAUGGCUCUGUUGAUCGAUCCGGUUCACACAAUGAAACGAGGUCAAGAAGUGCCGACAGCCGUGGCCGGCGCUAUGAAAACGGGGACGCCAACGGUGCUAAUUCUGGCAGUCGACGCACACCAAACCGUUUGCCGCCAGCACCUCCAGGGCAAAAACAUUAAGCAUGUUGAUCAUCAUCCGCCAACAUAUUUUCAUACCAGGUAUGAAGAACAUGCAUGGAACUGCAGCAUCGAGAACCAUUUGAUAUAUGGGGAUGCAUGGGCUCGAAGAAUAGAGCUGACGAGAGAUUGCAUGAAUGGUGUGUAUCCAGAGGAUCUAAGUUGUUCAUAGAAAUAUAUAGUUUAUCUACAGUUGUUUCACGAUCAUUUUGGCAUAUUGAUCUGUCUGAGGCUCGCUUAGCCUGUGGGUGUGGGAUUUUGUUACCACAGAUCUGUUGAUCUUGGUUUUGUACUCUACUGUUGUAAUUCAUCAACUUGGCAAUGUAUUAUUUCUUCCAUUCUUUUUAACACGGGCCAUUCUUUA